AUGGUUACUUUGCGGCUGCUGAUGUGACACGGCAAACCAGUGCUGCUGCUGCUGCUAGCUACAGUUAGCAGGUUUGUUGACUUUAGCCUUGCUCAUUUUUUCCUUCAGAAUCGCACCAGUGACACGAAAAUGGACAACAGCGGGAAAGAAAAGGAAGCGACGGCUUUAAUGGCUGAGGCCGAAAAGAAAAUGAAGUCAUCACAGUCGUUUUUUGGAGCGUUAUUUGGUGGUGGCUCCAAGAUGGAAGAGGCGUGCGACAUGUAUGUGAGGGCUGCCAACAUGUAUAAAAUGGCCAAAAACUGGUGUGCUGCAGGAAAUGCAUUCUCCCAAGCUGCUCGCCUUCACCUGCAGAUGCAGAGCAAACACGACGCGGCGACUAACUUCAUAGAUGCUGGAAACGCCUUCAAAAAAGCAGAUCCACAAGAGGCGAUUAACUGUCUAAACCGAGCUAUUGAGAUAUACACUGACAUGGGACGUUUCACCAUUGCAGCCAAACAUCACAUCACCAUCGCGGAGAUAUACGAGACUGAACUGGUGGACAUUGAUAAGGCUGUUGCCCAUUAUGAACAAGCAGCAGAUUAUUACAAAGGUGAAGAAUCUACCAGUUCAGCCAACAAGUGCCUUCUGAAGGUUGCAACCUAUGCAGCUCAACUGGAGCAGUAUCCAAAAGCUAUUGAGAUCUAUGAACAGGUGGGAACCCAUGCAAUGGACAGUACACUCCUGAAGUACAGUGCCAAGGACCACUUCUUUAAGGCGGCACUCUGUCACUUCUGUGUAGACGCACACAACGCACAGCUCGCUGUGCAGAAGUACGAGGAAAUGUUCCCAGCCUUUUCAGACUCACGAGAAUGCAAGCUUUUGAAGAAACUUCUAGAUGCACAUGAAGAGCAGAACGUGGACGCCUACACUGAUUCGGUGAAGGAGUUUGACACCAUUUCUCGGUUGGAUCAGUGGCUCACUACCAUGCUUCUCCGGAUUAAGAAAACCAUACAGGAUGACGAGAGUGACCUCCGCUGACUUCCCUCCCCAAUUGCCCUCCAACCGGCAUCCAUACCUUGCAUCCUUGUUUUUGCCUUGAGCCUCUCACUUCCAUUCAUGUCUUGAUUAUAUAUAAUUUUGACCAGUAGCCCUUAUACUCUGACACUCUUUUUCACCAUCUGCAAUAUUUUUUCUUGAUGCCUUUUUAAUCUGCUAAAUCCUUUUGUUAACUCAGUGCUCUAAAAAUGAUGGUCCUUAUAGGCAUGAACACUACUCUCCUUCAUUGGCACUUGUGUAUAUUAUCAAGGUACUGGCCCAAAAUUAAAAUACACACAAAUGGGCUGCGAUACCAGAUACUCAUACCAGCAUACAGUGAAAAUAAACUUUGUAUUUUAUGGUUAUUGUUAUAAAAAGAAUGAGAGGAUGCCAAUUUAUAAAUACUUAGUCAAAAAAACCACACAAUUUUCUAAAAUGCCAAUAUCUGCUAAAAAAACCCAAAACAAAACCUCAUUAGUUUGUGGUGCGUUCGAGUGCUCAUUUAUACUGUGGGUCAUAUCAGGGCACCUCUAAUUAAACAGCACUUCAUCUCAGCUGUAGAGCCAAGAGAGGCCGAACAUUUCAGAGCGUAUUCCACAGUAAAAAAAAAAAAAAAAAAAAA